GGUAUCGAUGUUUUGCCCCCCUCUGGUCACACUGUCUCUGAGAGUUCGCUGUUCGCUGUGGGCGAAAAAGUUGUCUCAUUUCUCCGGAAUUAAGGCGUUAUCAAUAAAAAGUGCAGCGAUUCGCGAGCGGCGUCAGGUGAAGCGGUCCGAGGAAAACGCAUUUAGCGGCAGCGAGUGAAAAACACAGUGUGUCCUCGGUAGCAGUGACGGCGGUCUCAAAAAAAAAAAACGAAACUCAAAAUUACCAGGAGAUUUCCGCUCAAAAAGCAACAAUUGAACGCACGCAACUCGGCGGAAGGAGCGAGCGAGAGAGGGAGAGAGAGGCACAAACACCAGCACACACCGACACUCACACACACACUCGCAUACACGGCACAAAGGUUAUCAACAGCAAAAGCAAAAGCAACAAAAACAACAAAACAAAAAAAAUUACUUUAAAUAUAUAAAACAUAUAACUAAACAGCAACCGACAAGCAAUCGCCGAACAACGCCUAAAAAAUUAGUGAUUAUAUCGAGUAAAAACGUAAACCACCUACCUGGCCUACCUGCAUUUUGGGUCUUUCUUCAAUAGAAUUUAGCACAAAAACUAAAGCGAUAUAUAAAGGAAAUAGCCAAGAUGCGUGAGUACAAAAUCGUGGUCCUCGGAAGCGGCGGCGUGGGAAAAUCGGCGCUGACGGUCCAAUUUGUCCAGUGCAUCUUCGUGGAGAAGUACGAUCCGACCAUCGAGGACAGCUACCGGAAGCAGGUGGAGGUGGACGGGCAGCAGUGCAUGUUGGAGAUCCUGGACACGGCGGGUACGGAGCAGUUCACGGCCAUGCGGGAUCUGUAUAUGAAGAACGGCCAGGGUUUCGUUCUGGUCUACUCCAUCACGGCGCAAUCGACAUUCAACGAUCUGCAGGACCUGCGGGAGCAGAUAUUGCGGGUCAAGGACACGGACGAUGUGCCCAUGGUCCUGGUGGGCAACAAGUGCGACCUCGAGGAGGAGCGCGUCGUCGGCAAGGAGCUGGGCAAGAGCCUGGCCACCCAGUUCAACUGCGCCUUCAUGGAGACCUCAGCCAAAGCCAAAGUGAAUGUGAACGAUAUUUUCUACGACCUGGUCCGGCAGAUCAACAAGAAGUCGCCCGAGAAGAAACAAAAGAAGCCGAAAAAGUCCCUAUGUGUUCUGCUAUAAGACUUCUAAAAACAAACCGAAAAACAAAACUAAAAAACAGAAAGGAGAAAACGGAUAUAGAGGGGGAGCUGAGGAGCAAAAAGUAUAAGCGUAAAGUAAAAGAUUUUCAAUUUUUUUUCCGUUCUUGUUUCGUUUUUGGAUCCGCAAUUGUCGCGAAAAUUGAAAUAACCAAUCUACUAUAUACAACCACAAAACAAAAAACAAAACUUAAACUGACAAAUGUUUUUAACUGUUUCAAGUUUUUGUAAUUAUAUUACCAUUUACUACUAUUAUGAUUGUACUAUUUUUCGCUGAUUAACCAUUAAUGCAUAUGGGGAAUUAUUAUAUAUAUAUCUACAUAUUUAAAAUAUAUUUGUCGUUCGUUUUUGAGCCGUUUUUUAAAUUAUGCAACAAGUGAAACAUUCGUAAACUAAAACAUUCGUAUUUAUUGAUUCUUUUCGAUUGUACUCUACACACUCUACUACCAACUACUUAUACACGAGAAAACCCAACCAACAACAAAACAAGUAUAUCUUUAAAUAGAACCGAGAUAAAAAACAAAAACAUUUAAAACACAAAAUCAAAUUAAGCUAAAACUAAAUUGUACGCCUAAACAAUAACAAAUUCCACGAAAGAAAUGAGCAAAUAAAUCGAGAAAAGAAAUGAAUCAUGAAUAAGGAACAUAUUUUAUAAAAAUAUUGUAUGCAAAUGAUGUCAAAAUGUUGCAAACAAACCAGAAGUAAUGAGCCCAUUUAGUAAUUAGUUUAAAACAAAUUUACAAGUAAUUGUUUAACACGAUCAAUUGCAUCUAAAAUUGAAAAUACACCCACUCACACAAACAUACCAGCCACAUCCCACACACACACACACAUACACAUUCACACCCACUCUCUCAGAGAGCGAAAAAAAGGAAAGCGGAAACGGAAAUGAGAGGGAUUGCCAUGGCUCAUUUACGCUUCCUGGUAAAAACAAACAACAACAUUAACAAAAAGUACAGAGACAGCCACAAAUUCUAGUAUAUUUAAUACUUAAGAAAUUGUUUAACAUAAAACUGUCGUGUCAAUCCCAAAAGGAAAAGAAACCUAAAAACGAAGUAAUUUACAAAUAUUUCAUAAUAAACAUUGCAUAAAAUUCGCGUACGAGUAGUAACCAAUAUGCCCUUAAAUCAAAGUCUAAACACAGCCAACCAACACUAAAACUAAAUAAAAACCUAAGCCCAAACGUAUAUAUUAAAUAUAUGAUAAAGAUACAAAUCAUUUUUGAACAUAAUAAACAAACAAACCGUUACAAUAACAAAAUAUGUAAUAAUGAGCGUGUGAAAAAUGUAAUUGAAAAACCAUUUUUUCGAACUUGUUACCCCACUGGCCGUGUUUUUCGGACUUUUUCUAUGUUUCUGAUCUCAGAACCUGAUGGUCCUGAAUUUGCGGUGCAGUAGGUCAACAGGAUCGAUCAUCUUUUAAUUAUUAAUAAAUGUAUUAUGUUUAUAAAAAAUUAAAAAGGAAAUGCAAAAACAAAAUAAAAAUUAAAUAAAUUCA